AUGCCCAUCAGGCAACAACGGUUCUGCCUGACAAUGUUGUCAGUGAAGCAUGCAUAUGUUGUCAGUGAAGAUUUUGUGUGAAGCCUUGGAGACUUCGGGGCUAGGGUGAGCUGAGGGGGGACAGCGUAAGUGAGCGAAUGUGUGUAAGCCCGGUCAAACAUGACUAUUCAUGGCGGGACGGGUUCCUUCGAAUGGUUUUGAUCCUACGGACCGUGAACGGAUUUGCCUCUGGCCUCUGGGCACGUCGGAACCGCAUGAGUUCACCGGGGUGGAGUACGGUCCGCCAAAAUCGGCAUAGGUUAGGUGCUAUUGAUGGAACAUGGUAAGCCCAUCUUUCUCCAUAUGAAAGUGCUGCGGGCACAUAGAUAUGAGGGUAGAGGAAGCCUCCAAAAGCGAAGGCAAGGCCGAGCUGUAGGUCACGUGACCUGCGCCGAAGCUGACCGGGCUUUCUCCUGGAUCAAAGCAGAUCAGCUCGCCUCAUAG